AUGGGGGACACAAAGCUCUGCCUUCUGCUGCUUCUGUGCACCUUUGCCUUUGCCCAAGAGAACAUUGGGAGUGCUGAAGAAGAAUCUGCGCCUUGCUUGUUGGCAAAAAGGUUUAAAAGCUUUAGGAACUAUGUUUACCAGUAUGAAACCGAAGCCCUCAAUGGAGUGAGUGGAACGUCAAACCACAGGAACGGCGCCAAAGCAACUUGUAAGGUCGAGAUCGAUGUGCCUCAGACAUGUAGCUACAUCGUGCGCACCCUGGAGUGCACACUGAGCGAGGUGUCUGACAUCGACCCAGAGGGGCUGCCUGUAUAUGGACCUGCUGCUGGAGCUGAUGCCUUCCAGGCUGCCAUGGCAAAGAACCCAUUGAAGUUGACUGUGGAAAGGGAAUCCAAGGUCAGCCUGUUCCCUGAAGAGGAUGAGCCUAUCAAUGUCCUGAACAUCAAGAGAGGAAUCAUCUCUGCCCUCCUUGUGCCUGUGCUGGAGGAGGAGAAAAACAAAAACAUGGCCACUCUGCACGGUAUCUGCAAGACCGACUUUGCUGUCAACACCAGGGAGGACAUUGCUACUGAUGUCACUGUCACAAGAGACCUGUCCCGUUGUGAUGCUUUCACUCCCAAGAAAGAUGUUGCCAGCCCCCUGGCACUCAUCUCUGGCCUGCACAUUCCACUCUCCAAACUGAUCAGCAGCUCCCAGAUCUGCAACUACAAAUUUGACAAUGAGAAGAAGCACAUGACUGAAGGAACCUGCACUGAGAAACACAUCUUGGUGCCUUUCUCUCACCGAGAGCAGAGUGGAGUUUUAACCAUGGUCAAACAGACCUUGGCCCUGCAGGAGACGAGCAAGAUCAACAAUAGAGUAUUUGACCACAAUGAGGCUAACCUGAAGGCCCUACCUAUGGAGGCUGUUGAAGAUAAAUCCCCUGCUCAAACUAAGGAUGUUAUUCUGGCCACUCUGAGGGAACUAAGCACCCUGUCUCAGACAAGCCAGGGUAACCGGCGGGCACACCUGUUCCAGAAGCUGGUGACUGAGAUCCGAGGGCUGAAGAGUGAAGCCCUGAGCCCAGCUGUCCCAGAGAUGGUGGAGGUGUCUGGACUCCUGACUUGGCAGGCUUUGGCCCAGUGUGGAACACCCGAAUGCAGCAGUGCCAUCCUACAGAUCCUGCUUACCAUGGAUAAAACUGCUCCGGAGGUUGAUGCUGCCGUUUAUGCUAUGGGGCUCCUGCCCAACCCCACCAACCACUUGGUCCAAGACAUGUUGAGCAUGGCCCAGUACAAACAGAGCAAGCCUAUUCUAUAUGGCCUUAGCAACAUUGUUCGGAGAGUUUACAAGAUUGAGGGCAAGGUCACCCCUGAGAUCACUGCAGUAUCUGAGUACAUGGCCUCCCUGCUGGGUGAUUGCUCUGGUGACAAAGAUCAGACCUUCUUGACCCUGAGGGUUAUUGGUAACAUGGGAGAGGCAAUGGAGGCUGCUAACCCUGCUCUGAAGUCUGCCUUGCUGCAGUGUAUGACAGAGCCUGCCGCCACGUCAACUGUCCAGAAAGCUGCCAUCCAGGCCUUCAGAAAGCUGACCAUUACUGAGGAGGCUCGUGGUGUACUCCUGCAGACUGUGCUGGAUGGGGAAAGCCCCAUUCAGAAACGUGUGGCUGCCUACCUGGUGCUGAUGAAGAACCCUGAGCCUUCUGACUUGGCCGAGGUGAUAAGCACUCUAGCAGAUGAGGAGGAUCUUCAGGCCAAGAACUUUGUUGCAUCCCACCUGGCCAACAUUCUCAGUUCCACAGACCCUGCAUCUGCCCUGAUGAAAGACAAGAUCGCAGAGGCUCUUCAGGGAAAUGAGGUGCCAGCUGUCAUGGAAUUCAGCAAGAUCUCCCGAAACUACAAGAUGAGUAACAACCUGGAAGGAAAUGUGAUCUUUGACUCCACUGGCUACCUCCCUAAGGAAAUGAUGCUGGAGACUACACUGAAGGCUUUCGGAUACGAUUUUGAUGUAUUGGAGGUUGGAUUGGAUGGAAAAGGAUUAGAACCAACCUUUGAGGCCCUAUUUGGACAGGAUGGAUUCUUCCCUGACACCUUGUCAAAGGCCCUUUACUGGGCUGGAGGCAAGAUGCCAGCCUCAGUGAACACACUUUUACAGAAGAUGAUUCCACCUGAGAAUGGGAGAAUGAGGAGACAGGUGCCUCAGAACAUCCUGAGAGAAAUUAGUCACAAUGUCAACAAACUGAUGAGCGAACUUAAGACCCAGCAGUCUCCCGAUGCCCUGGUUUAUCUGAAACUCUUGGGAUCUGAGCUUGGAUUCAUCAAGACUUCAGAAAUGGAAGAGAUGGCGUACUCUGCUGCCCUGUUAGCUGAUAAUCUCCUCAAGAUGUUUCCUACUGAUAUCAUGAAGCUUCUUUCCAGCACUGAAAAUGAGUUAUUUGUUCACUACAUGUUCAUGGACAAUGAGUUCUUCCUGCCAACUGGUUCUGGUAUGCCUCUGAAAGUCUCUCUUUCUGGUACCUUUGCCCCUGGAGUCAAAGGCGGACUGCACCUAACCCCUGGGCUGGACAUUGCUUUCAUGCCUUCCAUUGGUGUGGAAUUUGUGACAGAGAUGGGUGUUCACAUUCCUGAGCUUCUCAUCUCCAGUAUUGCCAUGCACACCAACAUCUACCAUGAGAGUGCCCUCAAUGCCAAGGUUGCCAUAAGCAACAGCCAGUUCAAGAUUACUGUCCCAGCUCCUCAGGGUACCUCCCGUCUCUUUGAAAUUAGCAACAGACUGCUGUCAGUGACCACCACCAAGUCCAAGAGCCCGCCACCGAUAUCAGAGGACAGAACUGACUUAGUGAAGUGCAUCCCAGUCUUACCUGGCAUGAAGUCCUGUAUCACCCUAAAAUACCCUGGCUCGACUGAUGCUGCUCCCUAUUUCCCACUCACUGGAGAUUCUGAGGUUGCUGUGGAGAUUGAGCCCACUGGUCAGGUGACUGAAUACACUGCCACCAUUGCCUAUGAACACCUAAUGGAGGGAGAGGUUCCAGAAAAGGUGGAUGCCCUGAAGGUUACACUCAUGGCAGAGGGUGCAGAGCCCACGGAAGCAAGAGCAGUUAUGAAGUACAACAGGAACACAAAUGUUCUCACCACUGAUGUCCAAAUUCCUGAUUGUGACAUCGAGGCUGGAGUCAGACUUGGCAUCACUGAUGAUAGUGCCAAUGGAAAGGGGAUCAUGAUUGACAUCACCCACAAGAACAUCCCUCAGGUUUCUCUGAUUGGACAUGCAAAACUUGAGGCAAUGAAGGAUGGUAUGCUGCAGGUCCAGCUGGCCAUACCCUCACUGAAGACCGAUGCUACUGUCACUGCUGCCCUGAAGAGAGCUGAGGACCUAAUUCUGGAGAUCGAGAGCAUCAUCAACAUCCCUGAGACUUCCUCACUGCAGAAAGUCAUUUUCAGAUAUGAUGAGAAUCAGAUUGAGGUUGAGUUGAAAUCUGAUUUUAACUCAGAGGUCCGUAAACUGCUUCAAAAUAUUGAUGAAUACGAAAAGAUCAUCCAGAAUAUUUUGGAUCUGACAGUGACCCAGACUGACAUGACAGUGCGUCAUAUUGUGUCCAAGUCCAUUGAGGCAACCAAUAUCUGGCUAAACAGGGCUGUUGCUGAUGCCCCUGCUCCCUUCAGUUUCAGACAAAUACCAGAAUUAUAUCUGCCUGAGAAACUGUUCCUGAAAUCUGAAAGUGCACUCAGAUACAAGUUCAACCAGGAACACGUCAGCUUCCAUAUUUCUGUGCCUCUGGGUGGAAAAUCCUCAGAGGAUUUGAAUAUCCCCCGAACCCUGAUCACCCCCAACCUGGCUCUGCCCCAGAUUGGUGUGGUGAUUCCUUCUACAGAGGUCAGCAUCCCCACCUUCUUCCUACCUCCAACCUAUGAGCUAUCACUACCCCUUGUUGAAAUGGAAGUGUCCACUAAAGUGAGCAGCAACUUCUACAACUGGGAGGGUUUGGCUUCAAUUGAUGCCCCUGCCAAAAUGGCAAAAUACAAAGUUGUGGGUGACUGUCCUAUGGAAAUCCUGUCUUACACAAUUGAAGGCACUGGAGAACUCAGCACAACAUCUGAAGAAUCAUUGAAGGCCAUAGUGAGCAGCUCCCUGAGCCAUAAGUUCAUUGAUGCCAGUGUCAGUUUUGAGGGAGUCGGAAGUAUCACAGACAAAGCACAAAUAAUAACCAACAGCAAAAUAGAAGCUUCAAGUCCACUGGGUCUGGAGACAGCACUGCAUUACAAUACCCAGUCUACUAUUGCCUCUGAUGAACUUGCUGGCGAUGGAAACCUGGAUGGAACCAUCAAAAUGGGUUCUCUGUAUGCAAAUGCCACCUGCUCUCAGUCCUACAUGAUCUACCCUUUCAGCAGAGAGGUAAGAGGAGAGUCAACACUGAGGCUAGACUCAACAAUCUUCCAGGCUAACAACAGGAUCAAAGGUACCUUUGCUAAUGGUCAGCUGUCUAUCAUGUCCAGCACCAACUUGUACAAUGACAUUCUGAAACACGUAGGUGAGGUUAGUUUCAAGGAUGCUCGACUCUCAGUGAAAUCUGAUGCCAUCUCUAUGGUGCUUGGAGGAACAUUACGAAAUCAGAUAGAACUUGCUGCCACUGUGGAUUCAGCCUCCAUCAGAGUGGAGUCCCAUGCUGACCAUACAUCUAACCGUGCUUUUUCAUUGCUCUCUGGAUCCCUGAGUACCAGUAGCCUGGAGAUGAACACUGAAGGCUCUCUAAUUUCUGGAGCAAGCCGUGGCUCCCAUAAGGCGACCUUGACUUUCAGGAAUUAUAACCUGGCCACAAGCGGAACAACAACCCUGCAGAGCAGCCCCUUGAUUUUUGAGAAUAUCUUCACAGGAGGAAUUGAUGAGACAGGUACCUCCCUGUCAAUUAUAUCCAAGGGAUCCCUGCUGGAAAUGAAAAUAGAAAACACAAACACCCUGGCUCUUACAUUUUCAUCCUUAGCCUUCCGCUCACAGACUGACAGUGUGUUCAGCGAUAGUACAUCUUUUAAACAUGACAUCACAGUUGACAUAAAGUCCUUCUUAGCUGCAAUAAAGAGCAGUACAACUGGCAAGAUUCUCGGAGCUCAUCUGAUACAAAACACUGAUUUAGAUGUUGCUGGACUGUCCUCAAAAUUCAACAAUGUAGUCCGCUUCAACACCGAGGCAUUCCAUCUUGACAGUACUCUGCGCACACUUGCUGCACCUUUUAGCCUUAGUGUUGACUCAAUUUUCAAUGCUGAUGGCGAGAUCACAUUUUUUGGAAAGCAUACUGGUCAGUUAUAUAGUAAACUCCUCUUGAACGUACAGCCCCUGGCUGUUGCCUUUUCUCAUGACUAUCGAGCUUCCACCAUGAACCAACUGGACAUUGAAGCUUCUGUUGAGACACAAUUUGACAACAAGAUAGACAGUCUUCUGACUCCUCAGGAGCAGAGGGGAGCAUGGAGGAUGAAAUCCAAGCUGAACAAUCAUGAAUACAACCAAGAAAUUAGCAUUUACAACCAACCUGAGAGGCUUGGAGUGGAGUUAUCUGGAAUAGUUCUCACAGACGUUUUGAACAAGCCUGAAAAUGAGAACCAAGAAUUCAGCAUUUCCUGUUUCUUGAAGUAUGACAAGAACAGUGACAGCCAUGUCCUCAUGCUGCCAUUCAUUGAGAACUUGCCUGCCAUUUUUGAACAGCUCAAAGCAUCCUCUGUUCAUGUUCUAGAGUCCCUGAAACACCUUGCUUGGUUGCAGGAGCUUGAUGUGAAGUAUGACAUCAGAGCUAAGCUUCAGGAGAAAGUAAGUGAACUGAAACAGGUAAUUGAAAGCUUUGACCUACAAGUAUUCAUUCAGGAUCUUAAAAACUUCACCUCUUCUUUCAAUAUUGCAAGGUAUAUUGAAUAUCUUGUUUCAGAAAUUCCCAUAGAAACAAUAAUUAGAUUAGCUGACUCCAUCAAACAUGUCAUAAUUACUUGUAUUCAGGAACUGAAAAUCACAGACCAGGUCAAUGCUGUCUACACAAAAGUGAGAGAAAUAAUUGUUGAGUAUGAAAUUGAAAAGAAGUUAGAAAUGCUUUUAGAAAAGGUUGUAGAUCUUAUCAAGCAAUUCAAAAUUGAAGACACAGUACAGGCAGUAGUUAACACUAUGAAAUCCAUUGAUCUUCCAGCUUUGUCUGAGAAAGCAAUGCAACUACUCGAUAAUGCAAUAAACCACUUGAAUACACUAGAUUUCAAGCAAAUAGUUGACCUGCUCAAUGAAUACAUUGACAUUAUUGUCAAGAAAUUGAUGUCAUUUGACUAUAAUACCUUUGUUGAUGAAGCAAACCCAAAAAUCAGCGAAAUGACAAGUAAUGUGAAUGAGCAGAUUCAAGAAUAUGAGAUUCUACAGAAAAUUGAAGCAAUUCUAAAAUUUGUAAGAUGGAUUCAGGCCUCCCUGCUUGACUUCACACUUACAGAAAUCAGUCUUCCUGAAAUCAGCCUCCCUGACAUCACAAUCCAAAAACUCAAUCUGGAGAACUUUGACAUUACAACACUUCAGAUCCCUGAGAUCACAAUGCCCCCAAUCCCCAGUGAGAUAAUCGUCCCUACUUUUGGUAAGCUACGUGGAGAGAUCAGAUUAAAGUCUCCAAACUAUAGCCUCAGGGCCGCUGCUGAGCUCCAGAACUCCACAACCAACCCAAUGACUCCACAAUUAACAGCUUACCUCACAUCACAGGCAACAUCAACUGCAAAUAUUUUAAACUAUGUGCUAGAUGUCACUGCACGUGUUGGCUUCCCAAAGCUGAGCCGUAUUAUUGUUUCUGAGACGAUUAAAUUUACCCACUCUGCUGUGUCAGUUGAGCAUCAAGGUUCAGUCACUAUCUAUGGUCUCUCAGCUCAGGCCUCAGCCAAGACCACAGCUAAAGCAACAACUGCAAUAUAUACUGCAGAACUCAUCAACAAUGCAUUCUUUGCUUUGGAAAGUGGAUUCUCUGCUUCUCUGGAAACUAGCUACAACCACAAUUUGACCCUUGAGCUUGUUAGACUUUUGAGUGAAGCCACCUUGACACAGAAAGUAGUUUGUCGUUUGGAAGCUGGCACCAUUCAUGUGACACAUGGAAUUACAGGAAAUGGGAAGUGGACCUUCCGGGAGUACACAGACGAACUGACCCACAAGAGUGACCUGGACUUCACUAUCAGUAUCAAUUCUGCUAAAUUGACCUUUACAGGAAACACAGAUGGCGAAAGCCUAAAAAUGAAACAAACCCUAAAUGCUGAUGGCGUUUUAUUUAGGUACCUCACUUUUAACGGCCGUGCUGAGACAGAAGCUCCCUUAAUUAAGAGCAGUCUUGUGGUUGUGAGUGGGAAUAUUGAGACGGGGGACCUGAAAAUUGAACUGAAAGGUUCUCAUGACACCGAGCUUGAUGGGGAAGUAAGUGGAACAAUUUCUAACUCAGUCAACCUUCUAGCUAAUCCCUCUGAAAUUAUUUUAGACUUCCAGAACAAGGGAAAUGCUAAGGCUACUCUCCCCUUUUCAUUGAGUGGAAAGGUUGAUCUGCAGAAUGAUUAUGCCAUUACUGUAAAUGCUGAAGUGCAGCAGAUUAACUGGGUGGCUUUGUCUCGAUUCAACCAGUACAAAUACUUCCACAAUCUUACAAUGGAUAACAAUAAUAAGGAAACUUCCAUUUUUGCAACAGUGAAUGGUGAGGCUAAUCUCAACAUUUUGACCUUCCCAGUAGACAUUCCUGAGGUAACUGUUCCAUUUAUUGGUGUGCAAACCCCAGCUCUCCAUGAGGUAUCUCUGUGGGAAAACACUGGUCUGAAGGCCCUCUUGACAACCACUGAACAGACAAUUGACAUUAAUCUCAAGCUUCAGUAUGAGAAGAACCCAAAUAUAAUUUCUAUUGGCAUUGAUCCUUUCACAAUUCCAACUUUAGGCAAUCUGAUAUUUGAUCUUUCACUGAAGUCCCCUGUGUUCUCUUUCAAUGCUAAUGCAGCCUUACAAAACCAGGAAGAAAUCAUAGCCCGAUUAGGUGUUUCAUCAUCCUCUCUGUUUGACAUUUUAAAAGGUAAACUUGAUGGAACUACUACCAUGUCUAGAAAGAAGAGGGGCAUAAAAGUUGCCACAGCUUUGUUCUUGGAACACACAAAUGUUCAAGUAGCCCAUGAUUUUACUAUUAGUCCUAACAGGAGAGCAAUGGAUGCCUCCAUGGGAACUGUUGCUAAGAUUACUCUCCCCAUCCUGAACCUGGAAUUCAAUCAAGAACUCCUUGGAAGCACUAAGGCUAAGGUUAACGUGGACUGGAAGACAAAGCUGAAAUACAGCUUCAACCUUCCACUGAUUGAUGCUAAUGGUAAAGGAGAUAUUGAACAGAACCUGGUCCUGGAUGGUUUUUCUGGCCACAUAUAUUUAGACACAUCUAAUAAAGGAAAGAUUGAGGGAACCAUCCUGGCAAGUGGCAAUUUUGCUGGAGCUGUGAACAACGAGGCUAAUAUCCAUUUUGAUGCCAAUGGCCUGCGCUCUUCUGUGAAGACUGAUGCCAAUGGCGAUGGUCAUUUUGGAGAGACUAAUAUCUGGAGUAUAGAUAUGAAUGAGCACCUGGCCCUUGAGGUAUCUCCAAACGGUGUGGAUGUUGGACUGAACUUAAUUUGCAACAAUGAAGUUAAUAUGGAAUCAUUAAACACUAAAGGCAAGCAUGUUGCUAAAGGAACAUUUAAUUUAGGUCCUUUUGCAGAGCUGACUGCAAAUUUGGAUAUUGACAUGUCACAGCCAAGCAGCCUGGGAGAGGCUAGCAUUCUUCAGAACAUUGCCCUUGAAAUUACUACAGAGAAGCAGAAGCUGUCCACCACUGUGAAGGUCUCCUCUCCCAUUUACAGCACAACACUGACCGCAAGCCUGGAGAACAGUGCAUCUGCUUACAUUGCUUCACUUACGUCCUCUUGCACUUCUACUUUGGCUUUCCUGGCAUACGAUCUUGAUGCCACUGUAAAUGCAAGCAUUGACAAUGGUGCCCUGAGCCUGAAUAAUAAGGGUACCUUCAGCCACAGCGACUUGAAAAUGGACUUCCAGCACAUCUUCUCCAACAUUUUGAGAAAAAGAAGCCAAGACUCUCCUGAUAGCCCCUCCCGUCACACUAUCAUUGUUGAUAUUACCAGCCCAAUCAGUGACAUGACCAUUCGAUAUGCAUCUGGAAAGGACAGAAUUAGCACUACCAUUUCUGUACCAACCUCUGGAUUCCUUGGAUUGCAGUUGUCGCAGUCAUCUGCACGGAUCUAUGCCAGAUAUCCUUCUGAACCUGAGAAGGAUGUACAGAUCCUAAUUUUCAAAAAGUCUAAGACUGCCUUGAACAAGGAGGCUGUCAAUGAUAUAUUGCUGGGUGUAAAGGAGAGAGUGCCAGCCAUCACUGCCUCCCUGUACAACACUGUUGAUAAGUACCACAGUGCCCUCUUUGACAUGGACAUCAAGAGUGCCUUAUAUGAGCUGAGGAACAUCCUCUCUACCACUUCUGAGAAGUUUUAUAGCAUUGCCACUGACUUCCCAGAAAUUAGUGAGUUUGCCACUCUUUUCAGGAAUCUUCUUGACCGGUAUCAGGCCACCAUGAAGAUUGCAGUGGAUGCAGUAAUUGAAUUCCUGAGGAACCUGCAGUUUCAUGUUCCAGGGCUUGAAGAAAAGCUCACUUUGCCAGAGCUCAGUCACAAAAUCAUGAAUUCUGUUGCUACAGUAAUUAACCAAGUUGUACAAAGGAUCAAUGAUUACCUGGAGCCCUACAUUGAUGCCAUCAUUACCUACUUCAGCAACAUAAAGGUAAUCAUUCCUGGUUCUGAUGAGGAGUUACCUGCAAGCCAAGUCCUAGAAAAUCUCAAAUCCUCCAUAAAGAAAACCCAGAGUGAAAUUGUAGGUAUGGUGAGGAAUCUUGAGAGCCCUGAUGUUAUACUCCAGAAGCUGGCUGAUUUGGCUGAACACUGUGCCAAGAAGGCUGAUGAGCUAAUAGGCUCCUUCAAGUCAGACACGAUUGAUGCAGUUGCUGCCCAUAUAAAUACCAUCCUCUCUGAAGUUCUCAAUCUUCUCAAGACAAUAUUUGAGAAGGUCCAUGUCAACCUUACCCUGGAACAGCUGAAUGACUCCCUUCAGUACUUGAUUGAAACAAGGCCCCUGAAGAAGCACCAGCUGGUGAGGAAGUACCUGCACCUGAGGAAGUACCUGAAGCUGAGGAAGCACCAGCAGCUGAGGAAGUACCUGCACCUGAGGAAGUACCUGCUGCAGAGGAAGUACCUGCACCUGAGGAAGUACCAGCAGCUGAGGAAGUACCAGCAGCUGAGGAAGUGCCAGCAGCUGAAGAAGUGCCUGAAGCUGAGGAACUGGCGACCUGGGCUGGAAGAGUGUCAACCCCUGGCCUCCUUGUUACAGGACCCCGCCUGA